AUGUCUUCGUCAGUUACAUUUACCACAAACCUUGGCAAAGAAUUUCCUGAACCCGUGGUCUUUCUUCCUCUGAACAAAGAGUAUGGUGCACGAGACAUCAGUAAAAGCCACCUACCAACAACGUUUAAAGGUAUUACAUUGGCUCCUGGACCAGAUGGCCAGUCAGAUGGUUCUUAUGCAUUUCCUGGGAACGUAGACGGGUAUAUUGAGAUUCCUAAAUCGCCCAAAACUGACACCAGGUUCAAUGUGUCAUUUUUCACUUGGAUCUUGCACAAAGGCACCUAUGGCCCAGUAUUUAACUAUGAAACAGGCAAUGAAAAUUGGAGCCUCCACGUCUUUAUUCAUAAACCGACAGAAUUAUAUGUGCGGUUAAAYUCUCGAUUUUCUAAAAAUGRUUUUAUAAUUAUCGCACAUAACAUUAGCAAAGAUGCAUGGACAUUCGUUGGAUUUACCUACGACUACAGAGCUAGUAAAAUAAGGCUUUACAUCGACGGAAAGAAAGUAAAGGAAGCUUCGACCAUGAAAUAUCAGCUAAAUACAAUAUACAAAAUUCGCAUCGGUGGAACAAGGAAAAUACACCCAAAGGAUAAAGGGUUCACUGGACGAUUGUCGUGCUUCCAAAUCUAUAACAGAGCACUAACAGAAGAACAAGUGAAGAGAAUCCAGCAAUACUGUGAUAGAAAUGAUAUCAUCAAACCUUGUUUUUACCAUGAAAUACUUGACGUCUCCAAUCGAAUUCUCAACRCAGUAUUUACUGGAGGACAAAUMCCUGACUCGUCCAAACUCAGUCGCACAMACUGGUAUAAAUUUCCUGGAAAACGAAUCCUUUCAUUCUGCCCAACGUCAAGCUCUUGUGGGGCCCAGCCGCCGGGAUGGCUUAACGGACAAUAUCCGUCGCGGGAAGAUGGUAUCAAACAGAUGAGGUUAUGCUACCGAGAGGACUCUGAUUGUUGUUCCUUCAACGUCAGUGUGCUUGUAAGGCAAUGCUAUGGGUAUUACGUGUUCAUGUUUAAUGACGUUCUACCUGAAGGUCGUUUUUGUACUGAACCAGAUCCAAUUGUCUUUGAUGACGUUAUGUUCAUGUCCACCAAUGAUAGAUGCCUUACUGAUCACGUGUUUCACACGGUGGAUAGUGUUGCAGAGCCAUCCAAAUGCGUUAGUUAUUGCUUGAAUUCUGGAAGCAGGUGCAAGUCUGUUAACUAUAUCAACGAGGGGAGCGGCAAGUGCCAGCUUAACAACGCCACAAAGGCUGAAGGWCACCUUCGAGAGGAUUCCAAGUGUUCAUAUUACGACAUUAUUUGAUAAAUUKUAAAGUAGCGAGAGAAAUUUUAUGCACACCGUAGCAUGUUAUGGGAUUCAAGGAUAAGCCAGCAAUAUUUAUUCAUUCAAACUUAGUAAUUUUAUAUUAUAAUCUUAAAGAGAUUUUACUGGUGUAGUUAUAAUAAUAUGAUGACAUUGUACUUGGUGGACAAUGAAAGUCACGCAUAUGUACUCAUGGAUAGCUUUAGUAUAGUAUCAAAACUGCAUGAAAAUUAAUAUUUUACAUAAAUAUACUGCGGUGCUGUAGGUGCACAUAUUAUACAGCCUUGUCUCUACCUCCUCAAUUGGCGGAUAGCAUGAAUCAUUUUUUGGUCUCCAGUAAAAGGACGAUUUCACGAUUUAGUCAGAACUGGCCACCCAUACUGGUCUCCAUAGAAGUCGAGUCRAAGUUUUUUUCGUAUAAGAGAUGUAAAUACAUGUAAUCUAGAAAUGGAAUUUUUUGGCUGAGAGAAGAGGAAUGAUUUCUGGUAGUAAUCAAUUUUUUUGGCUCUGCCCAGCCCUGUCUGAUAAAUACCAUCUAAAUUAACACUUUAGCCCGAAAAGUGUCAAGGGUUUUGUCCAAGAUUGAAGAUUAAACUAUAUAUAURCUUUAUAAGCGCAUUAAUAUUUCAUUAUGUACAUAUUAGUCCAAUGAGGGAUUUGGUCAGUCCAUUGUUAAGUAUGUUCAGGCAAUUGGCYCUCUAUGAUAGGUCGCCACCUGUGAGACCAUUCAACACUAUUGCAGUAACGAAAACAAAAUCGCAUCAGAGACCUUUAAUUUGCUAGGUUCGAAUCAAAUAAAGAAUCUAUGUAUUGAUUAUAAGAAAGAUGGCGUGCUCUCCAUGUGAGAGAGAUUAAUUUUCACAAUUUUCACUAUUGCAGUAAAUUGCGAUGGCUUAAUUACGACUGAACUCGAUAGAGAACUUAUUUGACAAUUGCUGUCUUGUAUUUCAUGUUAUUUGACAAUUGUUGUCAUAAAUUUCAUGUUUAUUCA